UACCACGGACUGGCUGGGAAAACUGUGCUAGACUACAGUAGAGGGGGGGUUGAUGGUGACGCAGGAAAAACACCCAAGUGCAGACAAAAAAAAAAUAAGCAAGGAAGAGAGAUCAUAUUAGCAGAUCUGGAUGCAUGUAUGAAAAUAGUAUGUAACACACGUUGACACUUAGCGGAACCCAGAAUAGAAAGAUUCAUAGACAGGACAAGUCAACUCAAGGAAGUUGCAUCAAAUUUUGGGGUUCUGCGAUGGUCUCUGCAACCCUCCCUGAGCCUCAGCAGCCGGAGCGUUCCCUCUCAGCCGGCCUCUGGUUCUCCUUCCCUACCCAGGCAGUGAUUCCCCUCCAGGCCAGGGCCUCCUAAAGCGGACAAGACUGCCAAGAUCUACCCCGUGUCGAUCAUGACGGUCACCACCCGUGGCUCCCCCGUGGGGGGCAAUGAUAGCCAGGGCCAGGCACCCGCUGAUUCUCCGAGCCAGCCCCCACCCACACAGGCCCAGACGGUGUCCGCAAACCCGUCGACCACGGAGCCGUCUCCUGUGAGCCCACCGGCGGCGGAGGAGGAGCAGGGUCAAGGAGACUCUGUCCCUGCUCUGGAGGAGGAGGAGCCUGCCUUCCCUCACACUGACCUGGCCAAGCUGGACGACAUGAUCAACAGGCCCCGAUGGGUAGUCCCAGUCCUGCCAAAGGGGGAAUUAGAAGUUCUACUUGAAGCUGCUAUAGACUUAUGUAAAAAAGGGCUUGAUGUGAAGUGUGAGGCGUGCCAGAGGUUUUUCAGGGACGGCCUGACCAUCUCCUUCACUAAGAUCCUCACAGACGAGGCUGUCAGUGGGUGGAAGUUUGAGAUCCAUAGGUGUAUCAUCACCAACACACACCGGCUGGUGGAGCUGUGUGUGACCAAGCUUCCUCAGGACUGGUUCCCCUUACUGGAGCUACUGGCCACAGCCACCAACCCCCACUGCAAGUUCCACAUCUACAACGGCACGCGGCCCUCUGAGACCAUCCCCGCCGGGGCCACGCUGGCCGACGACGAGCUCUUCGCCCGCCCACCUGACCCUCGCUCACCCAAGGGCUGGUUGGUGGACCUGAUUAAUAAGUUUGGCACGCUGAACGGGUUUCAGACUCUACACGACCGCUUCAUGAGCGGACAGGCACUCAACGUACAGAUCAUCGCUGCCCUCAUCAAGCCGUUCGGCCAGUGCUAUGAGUUCCUGACCUUGCACACAGUGAAGAAGUACUUCCUGCCAGUGAUCGAGAUGGUUCCUCAGUUCCUGGAGAAUCUGACUGACGAGGAGCUGAAGAAGGAGGCCAAGAACGAGGCCAAGAACGAUGCCCUGUCCAUGAUCAUCAAGUCCCUGAAGAACCUGGCCUCCAGGGUGCCCGGUCAGGAGGAGACCGUCAAGAACUUGGAGAUAUUUAGGUUGAAAAUGAUCCUUAGGUUAUUGCAGAUUUCCUCGUUCAACGGCAAGAUGAACGCUCUGAAUGAGGUCAACAAGGUAAUCUCCAGCGUGUCCUACUAUACGCAUCGGCAUGGCAACCCCGAGGAGGAGGAGUGGCUGACGGCAGAACGCAUGGCGGAGUGGAUCCAGCAGAACCACAUCCUCUCCAUCGUGCUGAGGGACAGCCUCCACCAGCCUCAGUACGUAGAGAAACUAGAGAAGAUACUCCGCUUCGUCAUCAAGGAGAAAGCCCUCACCAUGCAGGACCUGGACAACAUCUGGGCAGCGCAGGCUGGUAAGCACGAAGCCAUAGUGAAGAACGUCCAUGACCUUCUGGCCAAACUGGCCUGGGACUUCUCUCCAGAGCAGCUCGACCAUCUCUUUGAUUGCUUCAAGGAGAGUUGGACGAAUGCGAGUAAGAAGCAGCGUGAGAAGCUGCUGGAGCUGAUCCGUCGUCUGGCGGAGGACGAUAAGGAUGGAGUGAUGGCCCACAAGGUGCUCAACCUGCUGUGGAACCUGGCUCACAGUGACGACGUCCCCGUGGACAUAAUGGACCAGGCCCUCAGCGCACACAUCAAGAUACUGGACUACAGCUGCUCUCAGGACAGAGACACCCAGAAGAUCCAGUGGAUAGACCGCUUCAUCGAGGAGCUGCGCACCAACGACAAGUGGGUCAUACCAGCCCUGAAGCAGAUCAGAGAGAUCUGCAGCCUGUUUGGGGAAGCUCCUCAGAACCUCAGUCAGACCCAGAGGAGUCCUCAUGUGUUCUAUCGUCAUGACCUGAUCAACCAGCUGCAGCACAACCAUGCCCUGGUCACUCUGGUGGCUGAGAACCUGUCUGCCUACAUGGAGACCAUGAGACCGUUCUCCAAAGCUGAACACGCAGACUUUGACCCUCAGACGGUCAGAGUGGGAAGUCGCUACAGUCAUGUUCAGGAGGUCCAGGAGAGGCUCAACUUCCUGAGGUUCCUGUUGAAGGACGGACAGUUGUGGCUAUGUGCUCCUCAGGCCAAGCAGAUCUGGAGGUGUCUGGCUGAGAGCGCUGUCUUCCUGUGUGACCGGGAGGCGUGCUUCAAAUGGUACUCUAAGCUAAUGGGAGAUGAGCCAGACCUGGACCCGGACAUCAACAAGGACUUCUUUGAGAACAAUGUUCUGCAGCUGGACCCGUCCCUGCUCACGGAGAACGGCAUGAAGUGCUUCGAGAGGUUCUUCAAGGCUGUCAACUGCCGCGAAGGCAAACUGGUGGCCAAACGCAGGGCCUACAUGAUGGAUGACCUGGAGCUCAUAGGACUGGACUACCUCUGGAGGGUGGUGAUCCAGGGUACUGAUGACAUCGCCAGCCGAGCCAUCGACCUGCUGAAGGAGAUCUACACCAACCUGGGGCCCAAGCUGCAGGUCAACCAGGUGGAGAUCCACGAGGACUUCAUCCAGUUGUGUUUUGACCGUCUGAAGGCGUCGUACGACACGCUGUGUGUCCUGGAUGGGGACAAGGACAGCAUCAACUGUGCCCGGCAGGAGGCCAUCCGCAUGGUUCGCGUGCUCACCGUGCUCAAGGAGUACAUCAACGAAUGUGACAGCGACUACCACGAGGAGAGGUCCAUACUGCCCAUGUCCAGGGCGUUCCGGGGGAAGCACAUCACGUUGAUCGUUCGUUUCCCUAACCAGGGUCGUCAGGUGGAUGACCUGGACAUCUGGUCUCACACCAAUGACACCAUCGGCUCGGUGCGCCGCGGCAUCCUCACACGCAUCAAGGCCAACGCCACGCACACCAAGAUAGAGCUCUUCAUUGGCGGGGAGGUUGUCGACCCAGCGGAUGACAGGAAGCUGAUUGGACAGCUCAACCUCAAGGACAAAGCAUUGAUCACAGCCAAGCUGACCCAGGUGAGUGCCACCGUGCCCUCCAGUCCUGACAGCUCCUCGGACUCCUCCACCGGCUCACCCAGUAACCAUGGCAACCACUUCAGCGAAGGGCCCAACCCAGAGGUGGAGGGCUGCCUGCCUGGAGUGAUCAUGUCUCUCCACCUGCGCUACAUCUCGUUCCUGUGGCAGGUAGCAGACCUGGGUUGUACCCUCAACAUGCCUCUGCUGCGAGAUGGAGCCAGGCUCCUCAUGAAGCUUAUGCCUCCAGACAACAGUACCAUGGAGAACCUGCGCGCUAUCUGUCUGGAUCAUGCCAAGCUGGGAGAGAACAGCCUGAGCCCCACACUGGACUCCCGCUUCUUUGGCCCCUCGCCCUCACAAGUCCUCUACCUCACUGAGGUGGUGUAUGCAUUGCUGAUGCCGGCCAGCAGCACCCUCGGCGAGGACGCCAGCGACUUCCAGUACAACUUCCUGAAGAGCGGCGGCCUCCCACUCGUACUGAGUAUGCUCACCAGGAAUAACUUCCUGCCGUCGGCCGACAUGGAGACGCGGCGGGGGGCAUACCUCAAUGCCCUGAAGAUCGCCAAGCUGCUGCUGACCGCCGUGGGGUUCGGACACGUCAAAGCUGUGGCCGAGGCCUGCCAGCCCGUAGUGGAGGGGACCAGCCCUGCAUCGCCGAUCAACCAGGCGACCCACGACCAGGCCCUGGUCCUCCAGAGUGCUCUACAGAAUAUCCCGAACCCCGCCUCUGAGUGCAUGCUCCGCAACGUGGCCAUACGACUGGCCCAACAGAUCUCUGACGAGUCUCUGCCCCCGAACGCCCAGAACUUCUUCCAAGCAUCCAAGUACAUCCCAGACCUCUGUGUGAUCCGGGCGGUGCAGAAGAUCGUGUGGGCUUCAGGCUGUGGCACGGUACAGCUGGUCUUCAGCUCUAAUGAAGAGAUCAGUCAGAUCUAUGAGAAGACGAACGCGGGUAAGGAGCCGGACGGGGAGGAUGAGAUGGUGUGCUGUGAGGCACUGGAGAUCAUGACCCUGUGUUUUGCCCUGCUGCCCACCGCUCUGGACACUCUCAGUAAGGAGAAGGCCUGGCAGACUUACAUCAUAGACCUGCUACUGCACUGCCACAGCAAGUCAGUUCGUCAGAUGGCUCAGGAACAGUUCUUCCUCAUGGCCACUAGGUGUUGUAUGGGACACAGACCCCUCCUCUUCUUCAUCACCCUCCUCUUCACCGUCUUAGGGAGCACGGCAAAGGAGAGGGCGAAGCACGCAGGGGACUACUUUACGCUGCUGAGGCACCUCCUGAACUACGCCUACAACAGCAACAUCAACCUGCCCAACGCUGAGGCGCUGCUCAACAAUGAGAUCGACUGGCUCAAGAAGAUCAGGGAUGAGGUGAAGCGGACAGGAGAGACGGGGGUGGAGGAGACUAUUCUAGAAGGUCACCUGGGGGUCACCAAGGAGCUGCUGGCCUUCCAGACACCAGAGAAGAAGUACUACAUUGGCUGUGAGAAGGGCGGGGCCAACCUCAUAAAGGAGUUGAUAGAUGACUUCAUCUUCCCGGCGUCUAACGUGUACCUGCAGUACGUGAAGAGUGGGGAGUUCCCUACGGAGCAGGCCAUCCCUGUCUGUAGCAGCCCCGCCUCCAUCAACGCCGGCUUCGAGUUGCUGGUGGCUCUGCCGGUCGGCUGUGUCCGGAACCUCAAGCAGAUCGUUGAUACACUCACUGACAUGUACUACCUAGGUUGUGAGGCUCUGACAGAGUGGGAAUACCUCCCCCCAGUGGGGCCGCGGCCCACCAAAGGCUUUGUGGGGCUGAAGAACGCAGGGGCCACCUGCUACAUGAACUCUGUCAUCCAGCAGCUCUACAUGAUCCCGCCCAUCCGUAACGGUGUCCUGGCCGUGGAGGGCACCGGCACCGACGUGGACGAUGAACUGUCCGGGGACGAGAAGCAGGAGAACGAGACUAAUGCCGACGGAACGGCGCGGGAUGAGGUGUUCGCCUACCAACACCAGUUUGACGACAAGCCCUCGCUGAGUAAGUCUGAGGACAGGAAGGAGUACAACAUUGGGGUGCUACGCCACCUACAGGUCAUCUUUGGUCACCUGGCCUCCUCCCGACUGCAGUACUACGUACCCCGAGGCUUCUGGAAACAGUUCAGGUUAUGGGGUGAGCCGGUGAAUCUGCGAGAGCAGCACGAUGCCCUGGAGUUCUUCAACUCUUUAGUAGACAGUCUGGAUGAGGCUCUGAAGGCCAUGGGCCACUCCUCCAUGCUCAGCAAGGUGCUGGGAGGUUCCUUUGCCGACCAGAAAAUCUGCCGUGACUGCCCCCACAGGUAUGAGUGUGAGGAGUCCUUCACCACGUUGAACGUGGACAUCAGGAACCACCAGAACCUGCUGGACUCUAUGGAGCAGUACGUCAAAGGAGACUUGCUGGAGGGAGCCAACGCAUACCACUGUGAGAAGUGUAACAAGAAGGUGGACACAGUGAAGCGUCUGCUGAUCAAGAAGCUUCCUCCAGUGCUGGCCAUCCAGCUGAAAAGGUUUGACUACGACUGGGAGAGGGAGUGUGCCAUCAAGUUCAACGACUACUUUGAGUUCCCCAGGGAGCUGGACAUGGAGCCCUACACUGUGGCCGGGGUGGCAAAGCUGGAGGGAGAUGACGGCAACCCGGAGAGCCAGAUGAUCAUGCAGAACGAACCAUCGGAACCUGACCCACCAGGCUGUAGUUCUAAGUACCGCCUGGUGGGGGUGCUGGUGCAUUCAGGCCAGGCCAGCGGCGGCCACUACUACUCCUAUAUCAGCCAGCGAGACGGUGGCACCGGCGGUAGCGCCGACAGCGGGCAGAAGGAGCGCUGGUACAAGUUUGACGACGGUGACGUGACGGAGUGCAAGAUGGACGACGACGAGGAGAUGAAGAGCCAGUGCUUCGGGGGGGAGUACAUGGGAGAGGUGUUUGACCACAUGAUGAAGAAGAUGUCCUACAGGAGGCAGAAGAGAUGGUGGAACGCCUACAUCCUGUUCUAUGAGAGGAUGGACGCGGCAGGGGGAGGGGCCGCAAUGGAGGCAGACGGAGAGCUGGCCAGGUGCAUCUCAGAGCUGACUGUGUCUCCCACUACACCACGACAGGUGACGAUGCCGGGGGCCAUUGAAUGCAGUGUGAGGAAGCAGAACGUCCAGUUCAUGCACAGCCGUAUGCAGUACAGCUUGGAGUACUUCCAGUUCGUCAAGAAGCUGCUGACCUGCAACAGCGUCUACCUCAACCCUCCCCCGGGUCAGGACCACCUGCUGCCAGAGGCAGAGGAGAUAGCCAUGAUCAGCAUCCAGCUAGCAGCUAGGUUCCUCUUCAGCACCGGGUUCCACACCAAGAAAGUAGUCCGGGGGCCCGCCGGUGACUGGUAUGACGCCCUGUGCAUCCUGCUGCGCCACAGUAAGAACGUCCGCUGCUGGUUUGCCCACAACGUUCUGUUUGCGUAUCCCACGCGCUUCUCUGAGUACCUGCUGGAGUGUCCCAGUGCCGAGGUCCGGGGGGCCUUCGCCAAACUCAUCGUCUUCAUCGCCCACUUCUCCCUGGCGGACGGGCCAUGCCCCGCCCCCGCCAGCUGCCCUGACGGGUCCACACAGGGCUGUGAUAACCUGAGUCUGAGUGAUCACCUGUUGAGGGCUGUGUUGAACCUGCUUAGGAGAGAGGUGUCAGAGCACGGCCGACACCUGCAGCAGUUCUUCAACCUCUUCGUCAUGUACGCCAACCUGGGUCUUGCAGAGAAGACCCAGUUGUUGAAGCUGAGUGUCCCUGCUACCUUCAUGCUGGUGGCUCUAGACGAGGGGCCUGGCCCUCCCAUAAAGUACCAGUAUGCAGAACUGACCAAGCUCUACGCUGUAGUCUCCCAGCUACUGCGCUGCUGUGACGUCUCCACACGCAUGCAGUCGUCCAUCAAUGGCAAUCCGUCCCUGGCCAACCCGUAUGGAGACACCAACCUGACCACCCCCAUCAUGCCCCUGCAACAGCUGGUGUCAGAGAUCCUCUUCGUUAGGACCAGCUAUGUGAAGAAAAUCAUCGAGGACUGCAGCAACUCUGAGGAGACGGUCAAGCUGCUGCGCUUCAGCUGCUGGGAAAACCCCCAGUUCUCCUCUACCGUGCUGUCUGAGCUGCUCUGGCAGGUGGCGUACUCCUACACAUAUGAGCUGAGGCCUUACCUGGACCUGCUGCUGCAGAUACUGCUGAUAGAGGACUCCUGGCAGACCCACAGGAUCCACAACGUGCUGAAGGGUAUACCAGACGACAGGGACGGCCUGUUUGACACCAUUCAGCGCUCUAAGAACCACUACCAGAAACGGGCCUACCAGUGUAUCAAGUGCAUGGUGGCUCUGUUCAGCAACUGUACUGUGGCCUACCAGAUACUACAGAGUAACGGGGACCUGAAGCGUAAGUGGACGUGGGCGGUGGAGUGGCUGGGGGACGAGCUGGAGAGGAGGCCCUACACAGGGAACCCCCAGUACACCUACAACAACUGGUCUCCCCCUGUCCAGAGCAACGAGACCUCCAACGGGUACUUCCUGGAGCGCUCACAUUCCGCACGCAUGACCCUGGCCAAGGCCUGUGAACUUUGCCCCGAGGAGGUACGAAAGGAGCCAGAUGAUCAGGAGGCAACAGAAGAUCACGACUCCUCCCCUCCCGAGGACACAGCGCUGUACCCCCAUAACCCUGCUCCUGCCACGCAGUUUCAGCAGCAGAACAACCACCCCCACGCCCAGCCCUAUACGGGUCCGGCUGCCCAGCACAUGAACACGCCCCAGCGGCCCCCACAGAGAGCACAGGAGAGCUGGGAGAGCACCACAGAGGAGGUGGGGCCCGUGGCGUCCCCACCCGCUAUCCAGACGACAAAAGAGUAACAACAUGACACGAGGGCAACCAACCCCUUUAACCUGCAACUCACCUCCCCAAAUCUCUUUGCACACUAUCACUCAAUACCUUCAAGACACCCAGUUUAUUGAUCGGCUGAUCAAACAGUCUAUUUAAGACUAGACCCAGGCCGGAGCGCUCUCUUCUCUCCAGGAGGAACAGCGUCCUUUGUCACCCUUGACUCCUGCCCUCUGGAUCGGGCCAAUUAAGCUCUUCAAGUGUCUGUUUCCAUUGUAGAAUUGGAAUUCUAUGAUUUCUAUAACUUUGAGUGGGAAGAAUUACAACCUUCUCUUUCUCUCUGCCCCAUAGAGACAUGUCACUGCUGACAGAGGAAAAAAAGCAUACUCCUGUCUGCAGGGUUGUGUGUACAGUGUUUUUGAGAAACUGAGAUGAAAGACAAUGAUGUGUGUACAGGAAGUGAAACAGAAUGGUGAUGGGAAGGUGUACAUAGUUUGUUAAUGUUUUGGAAUCGUUAAAACCUUCCUUCCCUCGACCUCCCUCCCAACCUACAGCAAUGAUGCAGCAAGGCUGUCCUGGAUUGGCCCCGAGUAUGUGACUUCAAAACUGAAAAGGAAGACCAAUGUCAAAUCAAAUGGGGAAAAUAAUAAGCGUUGCUAUUGUUUUCUCUGCUUUGUAGUGCAUGGAGGUGAGGUUUGGCCUGUCACUGGCUGACCGGGUCUUGGUUGAUGCAGUUCCACCAGUAUACUAUAGUAGGUUUCAAACGCCUCUCGCAGUGAGGACAUGUUGAAUAGAGAAUUAAAACCGGUAUCACCCCAUGUGCACCAGUUGACAAUGGCAGGGCGGGUGAAGGCUUGUUUGAUCUCUGCUCACUUGAAGUGAAAAGAACUCUGCUUCUUGGUUUUCUUACCUUUUUCCCUUCCACAUUUUUGUCCUACUUGAACACAGCUACAGUCUUACAAAUGUCUGUCUGUUGAGAAUAACAUAUGAAGCAUUCUAAAGCAGGGUCAUGAUCUACAGUAACUGCUGGUAAACAAGCUAACUGACUCGCCCAGUGUUUCUGAUUGUUCUUCUAGGAUUCUAUCUGCAACGAAAGUAGAUGGCUGUGUUUCAGUUGGUAACAUGAAUGUGUGGUUUGUUGUAAUUUAUUUUUUGUUUUACUGGGAGAAUUGUCUGAAACGAGCAAAGUCCCUGCAAAAAAAGAAGCCCUUGAUAUGAAGAAUCGUAGGCUAUUUUAUUUCAAUUACCUAGAUGUUGUUUUUGCUGAUUUGAAAGGAAGUAGAAAGUAAUUGAAGAGGAACUUUUUGGUCCAAUUCUUUUUUCUUUAAAAAAAACAACAACACUUUGUUAAUAAUUGUUUUGAGUUCCAUCUGCCCUGAACUGUUUUUGCUAACAAUAGUUUUGGCCAUGGUGUGAUUUUGAAUUCUGGAGCUACAGUUCACACUUCGAAGUUGUUGUUUUUGUCUGUACAGCAGUGUGCCCACUACCAAGAAUAGAUGGAAAAUGCCAUCUUUACAUUGUAGUAGUUUCAUAUUUCAUCUAUGGUACAUUGUAAAUACCCAAUGCACGCAAAAAAAAAAUCAUCAGGACAUACAACGUGACAGUGACGAAACAAUAUCUAGUUGAGGGAAUUUGCCAACAGUAAAUGGCAUUGCCCCAAGGGACUGGGUUGAAACUGCAAUGGAUUAGACACAAAAUGUCUGCUAAAACUGUGGCCUUUACAGACGAGCUGUGGAGGAGCAAAGUGAGGAGGGAACGCCCCCUCCCCAAACAAAAAGCAUACUGGGGAGAAGAAAAGUGGCAACCCGGAACCUCCUGAGAGGACAAGACUGUGGAUGGUUCUAGAUUGGAACCUAAUGGGGGGGGGGGGGGGGUGGUUAGAAUGCUGUAUGGACUGAUGUCAUCCUUCCAGGCCCUGCCCUAAAGCACUACAGGUCAUGUCUCCUCUCACUUCUUCCAUAAUAUUUUUUAGACUGCCUGGUCUUAGAUUGUUUUUUUUUCUGUUUAUUUUGGCAUCUUUUUUGUGUUUAUUUUGGCAUCUUUUUUGUGUAAGGUGUUAUUUCAGGAUCAGAACUGCCUUCUUAUUUUGUUUGAAUAAUUAUAGUUUUUGUUGUUGUGAAACAUGCAUGGAUGGUUAUUACCCCCCCCCAAAAAAAAAAAAAUCUGCCUUGGAGCACUCUACAAACACACCACACUGUAAAAUUAUACUUUAAGAAAAGACAAAUAAAUGGUCUUUUGAAUUA